GAGCACCACACCCUUCUCAUUUGUCGUCGAAAGUCAGCUAGGAAGGGGAGCAUCCUAACCGAUCCAGACCUACUGUAACAAACAUCUUUGUUUUUUUUGUAACAAAGUUUAAAAAGUCGAUCACAAUGUCUGAUGCGCUAGCCAAGUUUACACGUGGAGUGCCCAAGAGUGUUAUUGAAGAGAUGAAGAAGGAGUUCAAGGACAACUAUGACACAAACAAUGACGGCACCGUUUCUUGUGCAGAGUUGGCUAAAUUAAUGGACUGUCCUGAAGAAGAGGCUCAGAAGAUGAUCGCGACAGUCGAUGUCAACUGUGACGGCCGUAUGCAGUUUGACGAGCUUGUAUUGUUCAUGGAAGGUUCAACCAAAGCGGACUUGUACAGUUCAGAGGAGAUUCAAAAAAUGUUCGAAGACCUCGACAAAGAUGGCAAUGGAAAGAUCAGCCCUGAAGAGUUAUCCAAAGGAGUUAGAGAGAUUUAUACUAAGCUGAUUGAAGGUAUGGCCACUAAAUUAAUCCAAGAAGCAGACAAGGAUGACGAUGGUCACGUCAAUAUGGAAGAAUUCUGUGACACACUUGUGGAGAAACUACCCGUGCGUAAGGAUCGUUUUCUGAAUGAACAACUACUAGAAUGUAUCAAAAAGGAUUUUAAAGAAAAAUUUGACAAAAAUGGUGAUGGCAGCCUCACAAAUGCAGAGAUGAGUGAGCUUAUGAAUAACAGGUAUUCAUCGUAUUCCGAUGAGGAGAUUAAAGAAAUGAUCAGUCGGGUCGAUCUUAACGAUGACGGACGCAUGCAGUUUAGCGAGUUCUUGCUGUAUGUGCAGAAUAUGAGCAAGGAUGAUAUCAAAAACCAAUUCAAGGCCAUCGACAAAGACGAGAAUGGGAAGAUCAGUCCUGAAGAGAUGGUAAGCGGAAUCAAAGAAAUUUAUGCUAGCAUGGUCGACUCUGAGGUCGCUAAGUUAAUCAAAGAAGCAGAUUUUGAUGGAGAUGGCUGCGUCGAUAUUUGGGAAUUCCGCAGAAGGCUUCUUCUCCAAUUGCCCUUUGAGAAUUUUGAAUAAAAUCAACAGUCUUUACCGGCCCAUUUACCUUGGAUGUGCCGUCUUCUUAUAGGAACAGCAAGACAAAAUUAACUUCUUCUGGACAAGGGUGACAAGAAUUAGAGAUUCCUUACAACAACAUGAUAAGAAAACAUCCAGAAAUUAUGUCUCAAUGUCAUCCUGAGUUGAAUGAUCGUGUUAUCUUGUUGCUUUGUUGGAAAGAAACGGGGGGGGGGGGGGGAGGCUGUGAAAUAUCAGCUAAAUUUGAAUAUUGUGACCGAUUGAUUUUUAAGAGACAAGUGUGAAUAAGAGCAUCUUCUUCACGCAAUAUUUUCGGAUGAUAUUAGAUUGUGUGGAUACGAUUAUGCAAGGUGUUGCUAUAUAGCAUCCGCCUCCGUUACCAUGGUUGCGUUCAAUUUAUUCAAGUGGUAUACAUGCGACACAACAAAUAGUUUGAUUAUACUAGUCAUGUAAUCAAUUUUGUUUACACACGCACCGAACACAUCGUUUGGACAUCAUGUACAAGACAAAAAGAACAAAGAGUGACUAUUUUUAGCAUUAUAUUAUAUACGCUAUAGAUUCUAUUGAUUAUACGCAAUUAUAUUAAUUUGAAUAUUAUAUGUACCAGAGUUUAUAUCAUAGAAGUAUAUGAGAGGUCCGUACGAUUCUUUUAGACAAAUGUUAUGUACUAUCGUGUUGCUGACUGAAUUAAAUAAAGAAUGUUACAAGAUAGAGAUGAUUAUCGAAAAUGCAACCCAUUUUGCAUUUAGGUUGAUGCAAAAAAGGCAUAUAUUAUACAUAUUCAAUGAACAGCACAUUUUAACCCAAACAUAACAUUUUAUAUCUCACUUUCUUUAAAACUUCCCUUUUAAUGACAGUACCAAGUUUAAUAAUCCCCAAUGUUAGCUCUGCAUUUAAGGAGUCGGGACAUAGUAUUGGGGCUGUUUAGGAUGUGUAUGUCAUAAAAGUAAUAGAGGGGGUGGUUGAAUAAAUUCAUGGAGUAUAUUAAAA